AUGUUUGCGGCGGAUGAUUGGGAGCAUAAAUUCGCCGUGGCCUGGGCAACCCUACAGGUCCUGCUGUUCAUCACCGGCGUGACGGGGAUUAUGGUGCUCUUCGAGUUGAACCAAAAUUACCUUCUCGGACUUUAUGGUAUCGCCUGGUCGGCCUAUUUUCUCGUGUUGUUGUCGUUGAAGCAGAAGAUUCGAUGGUUGUUCAUUAUCUAUCUUAUUUAUUCGCGACUUGUUUCCAUACUUUUUGCGGCAGCGUCUUGUUGGCUGUUCGUCGCGGCGGAUCCGAAUAAUAGGCCGGAUAACGUUGGUGCCACUGAGGUCAUUUGCCUGGGCGUUUUCGCGCUGGCCGUAGCGCUACUAUGGACACUAGCGACAGUAAAGCUGCGGAAUAUGUAUCAGUUGAUGGGCCGGACAACGUCACGACGAGGAAUUAGAAGGCUUAGAAGAGGGAGGAUGAUGGAGGAAGUGAUCCUGGAUGAUCCGCCGCCUCCGAUUUACACGGUAGCAGUCGCCGAGCCAGAACUGCCACCAAACUAUCAGCAUCUAUUCCCGGAUGGUUAUCCCCUAUCGGAAAAACCAGCAACGCCAACAGCUCCACCAAAACCAACCGAAUUAUCCGUUCCAGAGAAUUUAAUA